GUACACACGGGAAAUGGCCACGCAAACGAGCGGAAUCACAACAUUGCAUUUGAAGUCUCUUUUACGUCCUCGUGUAGUUUAAUUCGGGCGUAUUAACACCACGUUUUCAUGGCGUGUCUUUUUGAACACCCCUGACAAUCUGUUACCGCAGAAAAACUUUAAUAUUUAGCUCGCAGUGUUGUGAAAACAUGCUGCUGUCCGCUGAGAGAUCUAACCUGCAGCUAACGCUAGCUAGCAAAUGGCUGUUCGGAUGUGAUGUGUGUCACUGUGCAAAGUAAGUUUAACUAUCACUCUGUGCACUCUAGCUUAGUAAAACCUUCUCAAUAAUUUAAUACAAGCGAUUAUUCAUCUUAUGUGACUUUUCCGCUGUUAUUCAUCGUUGUUAUUUGAAGCUAGGACCAAGUAUUUGCAGCUAAAUAACGGCCUGGUUUCUCACAGAGGAGGCUAACUUGAGGGUUUUGUUCACUUUUGUGUUUUUUAAGAUGACAAGAAGACGAGUAUAGCAGUGAAAGGUGAAGUUUACAGCAUGUAAGCUGGUUUCAAAGAUGCCUCGUCUGGAAGAGUUGGCCAACGUCGCCCUGAGGGUUCCCAGCAUCCUGCUGCUGGACCUGCUCUAUAAAUGUGACAUUGAAGGACUAACAGAGCACCUCAAGGCCAAAAAUGAAGACCUGCUCUUCAAAUACAAAUAUGUCAUCUGGAACAUGUAUUACCUCGGUAAGAAAGCAUGUGUUAAGUAUAUUUAAGUCAUGAUAAAGUCACAAAGACAAAUAUUUUCUGUCAUGUUAUGUAGAAACCAGUCACUACUGUACACGCCUGUAUCCACAGCCUAAAAUAACAGUUAUAGUCUGUGUUUUUAUGUUGCAGCGUUAAACUGAUGCUGACUAGAGAGACUGGCGACUGAUAUCAUUGGUUCAUAAAGCUCUUAAUGGUCUCGCUCCAACCGUUUUAAUAGAUUUGCUUUCAACGUAUGAUCCCUGUGAGAGCUCCGGUGCCUAAAGUCUGAAUAAAGACCCACGGCGAGACAGUGGCUGCAGCCCACUUUUGUAAAACAGACAACUUCGAGAACUUUUUUAUUUUUCUAUUUCUUUCUUUCUUUAUAUUUAUUUCUUUUAAAAACUGGGAACAGUACAUAUUGAUCAACAUUUACAUGUAAAUAUGUGGGAUUAUAACCAAAUGGCUAAUUUCCAUCCCCAGUCCCAUUGGCAGGUUGAUGUUAAACAUGAAAGCAAUAAUGUUAAAGUGCAAACAACAUGUCUAAGACAGUAAAACAAUACACUGACAACAACGUACACAGACCAAAAACUAAGUAACCAAUAGUGAGGGGACCAAAAAGAUUUAAAGAGAAUUGUAAAGUUUUGUUCUACCUUAUACUUUGUGACUGUUUAUUCACUCAUUUAUUCAGUUAAAAUUGUAGUCUGUUUUUCUACGGAGUUUGUUUCUUUGGGUUUUACACAAAAAAGUUUAAAGCACUUAAGUUUAGUUCAUUUUAUCAACUCACACAGCAGCACUUCGUUUUUCCUUGUUAAAUAAAAAGUGUUGAAAAGAAGCUUCGUUUUAAGUCUUCAUCUUCAGCUUAAAGAAAACAAAGAUGAUAAAGAUUGUCAUCUUUUCUCUGCAGGUCAUCUGAUAAACGUGGUGGUGUUGGUUCUGCCAUUGAGACACAUCGUGACGCUCUACCUUCACAUCCUCACCGCCCUCCUCCUUUACAUGGGGCAUCAGAUUUCAAAGUGAGACACUCUUUCACACUAUUACUACUCGACUUAUGACUUCUACAGUUUCUGCUGCUACUCUUCUUAUCUGAUUUAUUGAAUCUAGAUCAGUUUUUCCACCUGGGACUCCUCUCUGCAGUCACAGUGUCUCCCUCACGUUUGUUUUUCCUUCAUUUUAGGAGGAGUCCUGUAUCGGGUUUUGAGGCUUUUGUUGUUUACCCUUCAAAAGCUUUUUGUUUUUCUCCAAACCUGAAAAGGACAGGUUUUCUUUACAGGCCUCAGGCUAAACAUCAAGAUUACUGUAAAAAGCCUAAAAAACUACAAUAUCAAGAGAAGUAGAUGUACGAAUGAUUAAAUAUAUCAGAAGAGAGUUAAGGUUUCAACAUGACGAGUCAUUGUAUCUAUUACAGUCAACCCAGUGGAUAUUAUAGUUAUGUAGGAUUAAGUUUAAGGAGUUCAAAAAGAUAAACAAGCUUUACUUUGAUGUGAUACUAUAGAAAAACCUGCUUUUUCAUGCUUUCCUGAUUAUUUUUUCAGGGAUUAUGUUCGAGAGGAGCUGCAGUACGGUUAUGAAGGAGCAGUGUACCUCGACUCUCUGGCCUUCAACAGAUUUGUCUCUGCGAUGACGAGUGAGUCCUGAAACCCAAACAAGUCUUUGCACAGCAUUCAGGUUCAAAUUUAUGUUCAUAGAUUUAGUUACAUUUGUGUCAAAGGUUUCCAGAAAGUUGUCUUUCAUAGAGCGUCACCACAAAUAUGCAGCAUCAAAGCUCCUCCUUGUACUGUCCUCCUUUUUUUCCAAGUUUUAUAGUUGGAAAAAUCGUGUCGUACUGAAAAGUCUGACCUUAAACGACAAACCGUCCUCGCUUUUAGUCAUUACAUAACUGCAUGCUCUAAAAUCUCAACCAUUUCAUUCAAAUUCAGACAGCAGUGAGACCCCAUCUUGUAUUUUUUUAAUUCAUUGAUUUCUUUUAAGCUUUUCUUGACUUUAGAAGUUAUUGUUGGAUUAGAAACUUUGAACUGACCGCGGGGCCAGGAGAAUAAGACCGCAAUUAACUGCAAACUUUUCUCAUGUUUGUACCGCCAAUAAUCCACAAAAGAGACAGUGAAUUUAACAUUUAAAAAGGGUCAGUGGUGAGGAAGAAUUUAUCAUGCUUACUUAAAAAACAGCGGUUUCAGUGGAACAAAAUAGUCCUUGUAUUCCUCUUACUCUCCUCUUUGAUUUAGCUGAUGUCCUCUUUGUGUCCUUUCAGAGCUCGGCCAAAGAGUGAGCGUUAAUUUGAUGUUACUAUCCAGCAAAAACAAAUAAAUGAGCAUCAUAUACAAGAUACAAGAUGCACAGUGGAUGACUUAUUUUAGGUGCGAUCAUGAAUCACAGAGAGAAACUUAGUAGACCGGUAAGGGUAGAGGCAGCUAGGAAGUUUUAAAAAGGUGUAGUACACCAAGAGGUUAAAGUUAGAAGUGUGGGGAUGUACACUGGAUGAUACCAGCCCAGUUCUAGUAUUGCUAAAGGGAAACAACACCCCAAAGGUCUUCAGUGUGUUUAAUACAGAUGAAAAAUCUAUUUCAACUAAGUCAAAAACUCUAAAGUCAUUUGUAAACUAAAGUUGUUCUUCAUGGCGAUCACAGCUGCCGUGGAUUGUCUGUCCUUUCCCCCAAGAGAGACAGCAUGAAUGUUAUCUUCUCCUCAGGUCAGAUUAUCCUCAGCACAUUGUGUGCCUUCCUGAUGAAGACCAGAAAAGUGUGGCUGUUCUCCGCUCACAUGCUUCCCCUGCUGGCCAGACUCUUCGCUGUCCCUCACACCACGCUCCUGACUGUCAACACUUUCUCCAUGGGCCUGACCGGAGCGGGAAUCACCGUGUUCCUCCUCUCACAUCUCUUCCUGCCAUAUCGACUCGCAAGGGCUGCCUAUUCAGAGCUGCUGCAGCUGGAGGUACUUUUCCUCUGAUGUCUUUUUUUUGUGUUUAAACUUCUCUUUUAAAAAUAUUCUGGCUUUGACCAGAAUCAAGUAUUUAACACAGCUGGGUACUAAAUCAUGCCGCCAUGUGUAAAAGCGCCAUAUUGGUUUUAAACAUGAUUUAGGACCCUAUGAGGGGACUUUAUUUUGCCCCUUUAAGAUAUAAAUUUGGCCUGUAAAGGUGUUCAAGUUUAGAAAUAAACACAGCAAAUGAAAAAGAAGAGCACGUUCCACAUCCUACUCUAAUUUCUCAGUUUCUUUUCUCACCCUCCUCAUCGCCUCCCUGGCCUCUUGUCCCUCAGGUGAUCGAGCUGUACAGACUCCUGGCUGUAGGGAUCUCUCUGUGGAACCAGUUUGCCGUCCCAGUGCUCUUCAGUGUCUUCUGGUUCGUUCUGUUCGUCGUCCAGCUGUGCUCAGACGCCAUGGCUGCCAACGCCUCAGUCAGCCAUCAGGGAAUCAUGUUUUUCCUGCUCACAAGGUGGGAUCAAAACUCCUGCAACUUCUUCUCCCUGACAUUAUUCAGUUUAUUUUAACUUUCUUUUCGUCUUUGUUUGCUCCUGCAGUGUCUCUGAAUGUUGUGCCACCCCGUACUCUCUCCUGGGCCUGACCUUCGUGGUGUCCUAUCUCGCUCUUGGACUGCUCAACCUAUGCAAGUUCUACCUGGGAGGUUACGCCGCUGUACAGAAUGAGAACGUCAUGCACAGGUGAGUCCAGUUUCACGACUCAAACUUGCAGCUUCAGGAAAUUUCAGCCAUCACAUACGCAUGACACGAUAAACUGUUCUGCAAACACGCAGAGGUAAUGACAGAGAUGUUUUUCUAUCUAGCUGAAGUAUGUGAGUCCAGGAUUCAGAAACUUGCAGCUCUGCAUCAACUCUAGAGGUCAAUAACUCUGUUUUUGGUUGAAGUGAAGCUCUGAGCAGACAGGGUAAUAGGUUUUGAAGGUUUUCUCUGACAGAAAGCAUCUAAACAAGACCAAGAAUGAUGCUAUGAGAUUGUCUAAAAGGAUCAUUAACUUUAUUAUUUUACUCACCCCAUCAAGGAGCUGCAGAAUCUAGUGAGGAGUCGGAUACUUAAAACAUUUUUGUACUCAGAGAGGUUGUCUCGGCACUUUUUAUUACUUAAUUUUGUGUAGGAUCCCAUGGUGUUCUUUUUACAAGCAUUAAAGUUUGUAUAGGGGUUCACUUUAAAUUUUUGUAUGGGGAUAUAAUCUAAUAUUUGCACAGGCUUAAAUUCUGGACAUCCCUCAGGAGGAUCAAUCAAGUAUCUUUCUAAUAUUAGUCUGAGCCGAACGUCUUUAAACGUGUUUAUUUCCUCACGUCAAAGUCGAAAGAUCACCCAGAACAAUCACCAAGAGUUAUGGUCUCAGAGAUUAUCAUACACUCUGAUCCAGCACAGUCGGACUUUGUCACAGGACCAUAAAUCAUGAACUGAAUAACCUUUCCUGGAUUUGCUGGUGGAUUUGCACCAUCAGCAGUUUGAUGAUUUUAAGGAGUUCAGUAAAGUCAGUGUAUGAUCUUUAGUUGUAGUAGAUGUAUUCUUAAAAAUCCUGUUCCUCUCAUCUUUAGAUCCUCUUCCAUGUCUUCUUUAAAGCUAUUUAGGCCCUCAUAACCCAGACGCUGAGUCAUCAUGGUGUUGUACACAGAUGUCUGCGAAGUUAAUAGUUUUAAGAGGGUGAAAAGUUGUUGAGGUGUCAAGUGUUUGAUUGUCAGAGCUCUCAGGUGUUUUUAGUCACCACUAGAUGUCGCCUGAGUCUCAUUUCAGCAGCAACCGUUGCACUUAAAAUGGAGCUGAGACUUUAUAACUGUGCUCAGAGAUACAUCAACUGUUUCCUCUUCUCUCUCCUCAUCCUCAGAGGCGUAACCGAAGGCGUCACGCUGCUCCUGCUCGCUCUUCAGACAGGCCUGUUGGACAUGCAGGCUCUGCAGCGCACCUUCCUCCUCAGCAUCAUCCUCUUCAUCGUGGUGACUUCCACCCUGCAGUCGAUGAUCGAAAUAACAGAUCCAGUUAUUCUGGCUCUUGGUGCAUCACGAAACAGGUAUCAGUCAACAGAGGAAGUCUACAUUUUUAAAGGGAUGUUUCAGUAUUUUCAAGAUGUAUUAGUCACAAUAGAUGCUGUUUAGUCCUGCCCCUUUAAGCGUCAAGGUAAGGUGGGGACAAGUCUGCCUUUUUUUUUCCCUUUACUGCUUAAACUGAGAUGAAUCUUUAAGCCAGGGUCUCUUAAAAGAAGCUCAUUUAUGUGGCAGACUUGACCCCAUCUGCAGAAAACUGUGGGAUAGCUGGCAUGUGGGGUCCUAUGUCAGCCUCUUAUUAAAGGGGCAGAAAUUUCUAGCACUCACUCCUAAUAAAGACAUGUAACCUUCACAACCUCCCCCCAGAAACACUGAAAUAUCCCUUUAAAAGGAUUUGGAAUAAUGUCCUUGAUUUUUGUGUUUUCUGUGCGUCCUCUAGGAGUCUGUGGAAACACUUCCGUGGCCUCAGCAUGUGUCUGCUCCUGCUGGUUUUCCCCGUGUUCAUGGCUUAUAAAAUCUCCCAGUUCUUCCAUAUGGACUUCUGGCUCCUCAUACUGGUGUCCAGUUGCAUGCUGACUUCCCUACAGGUAUGAAUGACUGUAAGGGCGGUUCCCAGACAUAUUAGACUCUUACAUGACCUCUAUAUGACUCAGGACUAGAAACGAAGUCUGCCUAAAAUAUCUGACUCAUGUAAUUUGUUCUAUUCUUAGAUUGCAGCUCUUGUCUGUUUCUCUAAUAAGCAGAUUAUUUAUGAUAUUCUGUGUGUAAAAUGUGCGCUCUUUGUCCAGGUUACAGGCACCAUGCUGAUCUACUCCCUCUUCAUGGUGGAGCUGUUCCGCAGUGACCCCAUCGAGAGCCUGGAUGAGGUCAUCUACUGGGUGAACGCGGUCAGCCGGGUGCUGGAGUUCGUGGUGGCGCUCUGCGUGGUGGCGUACGGCACCUGGGAGUCUCUGUUCGGAGAGUGGAGCUGGAUGGGCGCCUCUGUCAUCAUCAUCCACUCUUACUUCAACGUGUGGCUCCGAGCUCAGUCUGGCUGGAGGAGCUUCCUGCUCAGGCAGGAGGCGGCGAAGAAGAUCAACUCGCUCCCCAGAGCCACGGAGGAGCAGCUGCAUUUACACAACGACGUCUGCUCCAUCUGCUUCCAGGUGGGUCUCAAUCGCUUCGUGUACACUGUAGCUUUUCUUGUGCCUGUCAAAAUGGUCUCAUUCAGAGUAAAUGCAAGAUGCAUGUUUACACAGAUCUAAAUCUAGAUUUUAUUGAGCAUCCAUGAAAACAGUGAAGUUAAAAUCAUUCUGAUUAACGAACUCUCUUUUCAUGGAUGCUCAAUCAAAUCUAGAUGUAGAUCUGUGUAUACAUGCGUUCACUCUGAAUUAGACCAUUUUGACAGGCACUUAGUCAUGCUGCUGUCUCUUAAGGCCCCUUAACAGCUGAGAACCAGGCAUUCUGGAAGCUUCCUCCACUGUUGCAGUUCAUCAAAGCCGUAUUUCUCUUGAAUCACAGAAUCUUUAAUCGAUGUUGUCACAAUAUGAGCGAAUUUUAGUUUCAUUCUGAAAUGUUGUUUGUUUUUUUUGUUUUUUUUUAUUCUCUUUUUAUUCAGAAAGGCACAUCUAGACCAUCACACAUGUACAUUAACUCAGUUUGUCAAGAACACAGUGAUGUUGUCUUUUUCUCCCACGGACCCAAACCAUUCCAAGUGGACACAAAAACAACAGAACUGGGAAGCACACCCUUACACCCUCAAUACAUCACACAAAAAAAGAUUACUAAAGAGUGUAGGUUUACACAAAGCACAAGUGUAGUCUGAUAAAAUCAGAUGUAAUUGGUUUUACAUAUUCAAUCCAUUUGGUCCAGAUCUUAAAAAAGUUUUCUUUCUCAACUUUGAGGAGAAAGAAAUCUUCUCCAUAACAUAAAUCCCAUAAACAACUUCAAUCCAUUCAUCAAUGGUGGGAGGUUCCACUUUUAAUUAUUUCCGAGUGACACAUUUCUUACUAGCUGCCAAGAAUAAAGUCAGCAGUUUUUUGUCUUUUAAACAUUAUAUUACCCAGAAAUGUUUGACCUUUUUAACAAAUCUCUCAGAGUCUAAAACUUUGCCCACAACAAACAUUUGAACUUGAUUUUUGUUUAUAAAAUUAUUUCUGCUACCUCUUUAAUUUUUCACUGUCAUCACAAAACAAGACAAGGACACGAUGUUCAUCAGUAGUACAGAGAGUGAGGGUGAAAAUACAAACUUAUCGUCUAUCGUAGUUUUAGAUCUGCGAGUAAAGUGAAGUUUCCCUCUCAAGAAUCUUAGUUUGUUGUUUGUAUUCUGGGUCAACGUGACAGAUUAUUUUGUCAUGUGACGAUGAGUCUGAUUCUGACCUCACUUUCGAUGUGACGUCUGACUAAUAAGUCACCUCAGAUGUCGGGUUGAUGGCUUGGGUUUGGCAGUGUGUUGAGGAGCACCAGAGGCGAUGACGAUCCUAUCAACUGUUCUCAACCGGUUGGAUGAAUUUCUGGCAUGUUAGAAAUUUUAGCCAACCAACAGCUUAUUCAGGGAAAGAGAAGCUCGAGACGAUUCACCGACUUUUUUAGGUUACGUCUUCACAAAGUGUUAUGAAAGUCACUUUUUCAAAAGCUCUCUCAGUUUUCAUCAAGAUUUUCCCUUUCUCUUUCACCAACAAACUGGUGAUCUUUGUGAAGGACAGGUACAAACAGGUUUUAAGAAAAACUGUGGCUGAAGGCCAAAGAGAGGGAAAUGAACAAACAGGAAAAACAGGAACAACAUACUUUAAAGGUACACACUCACUCACACACACAGUUUGAAGCAUCUCAGAUACACGGUGGUGUUUGUCAGUCUUUACUGUCAGCCUGCUGCAUGCAUGCAGCUGAAGUGUCAAAUAUCAGGUUACUCUACACCAUAUUGGUCCUAAUUUAAGAUGACCCCUCCUUUUCAAGAACCAGUUUUGGAAACAUGGAAGUAAGAGUUCACUCCUCAGAUAGAUUUUAGUUGUUUUUGAGCACAUUUCAUGACCUACUUUUUAAGUCUCCUGAAGUGGACACAUAAAAAGCCUUCAAAACAAGCUCUGAAAGUUUCAGACACAUGUGCCGUUGACUCACCAAAUGCUGAUUUGAGAGCUAAAUAGCCUCUUUGUUCGGCAAAUGAUUGAAAGUGUUUCAUGUUGGAUUAUCUCCCUAUAGAGGCUAAUAAACAUGAUUAAUUCCCACAAAUCAAGAUAAUAUAGAAAAAUGACUAGAGGUCACCAAGUAAUACGAGCCCUUUGGAACUAGGGCUGUACUUUAUUUAGGAUGUGUAACUUCCUCUUCUGCUACAACAUUCGGUAAAUACUGGCCAACAAGUGUUGAAGUAAGUCAAAUACAACUCUUCCUCUCUUCACAGGAGAUGAGCUCUGCUGUGAUCACAUACUGCGGACAUUUCUUCCACGGCAACUGCCUCCGCAAGUGGCUGUACGUGCAGGAGACCUGCCCCAUGUGCCACCAGACGGUCCGACCCACCCCGACAGGUGUGAGCCCGGCUCCAGAAGACGUUCAAGCUGCACAACCUCAGAGAGACGCAGAGCCAGCUGCGCCAGGAGAAGAUCAGAACCAGGAAAAUGACACAGAGGCGCAGAGUGAUACUGCAGCUUCUGAUCCUACCAAGAAAGAGGAGGAGGAGGAGAGCUUUGAGGGUGGAGAUCAUGAGAUGGGAGAUGAAGAACCUCAGAGAGAAGCUGUUCAAGGUCUGUGUUUCAGCUCCAGCGGAGACUUUGUUGGAUUCAUCAACCCAGCUACAGGCGCCUCUCCAGUAGGAGAUUCUAGCUCAGAGUCUCCUCCAACCAUGCACAAGGAAAAUGAAGAUUCUCCAACAUCACUAACUCUUAAUGCUGAAAAUGAAAACACAGCUGACUUAUGCGGAGCAAAAACCGCCGUCACUUCUCGCCCUGUAGCGGCACAUAAUGGAAAUGAAAGCUGCGACGACUCCCCUGAAUCAUGGAGCUUUCUUCAAUCAAACCAUGCUGAAUCAAACCCUGAGGAAUCUGAUAUGAGCCUCGGUUGCCAAACAUCUGUGAAAUCAUGCAGAGAAAACUCUGAUCUCUCAGACUGCAACAACGACCCACAAACUCACAGCUACUCAGGGAGGCAGAAACUUUCCCUCCAAAGACCCCCAGACUGUCUUCCUCCUGCACAAACCCAGACCACAGAGACUGACCGCCCUGCAUCAGUGCCUUGAAGGAUUCAAAAGGGUGAUUCUCCAUAAUGGAGAGUUUAACACAUUUGCCUUCUCUCUGUGAAUUGGACAUAUUUCUUAAACCAGACAGUGUAAUGAAUGUGAUUCAGAUAACAAGGACUGAAUAUAGAGACUGAAAUCUGAGGGCUAAACGUGGAGCCCUUUAUUGUACAACUGUAAAGAAAAUAAUGUAAAAUGAUCCAGAGAAAUGAUGUGUUAUUUUGAGGCAACUAUCUUAAUACCAAAUCCUAGCAGGUAACGAGUACAUAAUGUUUACUUUGAGGAAGUUGAUUGACUUUGAUUUAAUAUUUACCAGAGUCUUGUUUGUCAAUCCUCAUUUGUUGCGUUUUUGUGAGAGCAGAGUGCUAAAAAGGAAAAGCUGUUAACCAUGAAUCCAUCUUUUGUACUCCAUCGUCCAGUAUUAGAUUACUGCUGUGUACAUGUACUCUUUUUUUUCUUUUUUUUUUUUUACUGUAGUUUCUAAAUUAAUUAAAGUUAAUAAAAUCAUGACAGGUGCACAGUAAGGGGGGCUUUGUGUAGAGUUAAUGGGGUCUGAACAGACAAGGCAGUACUACUGUUGCCUCAAGCUAAGAGAGUCCAGAUGAGACUGUAGUCGACAUGUUCAGUCGAGCUUGUUAUAAUAGAGUAUUUAAUAUCUAUGAUAUUAUCAGGGAUGUGAUUCUUAUUAUAAAACUGAAGAGGUGACCUAUAUAACUCACAAAUAUGAACUCAACAGGUGUUCUGGUUUAUGGCAUGCUAUGUAUGUACCUCUGACUGUAAAUAGAAGUCUUAAAUUAUCAUAAAUCUAUCUUUGAUUUAAAGCCCCUGUGAUAAGUUUUCUGCCGGGUGUGAAAAAGACUGAAAUUGAUACAGACCCACAAAAGGAAACAAGACCAUUAGCAACAAGAGUCCUAAUUUCUACUUCAUUCUGAAUGUCUGUAACUGCAGUGAGAGAGUAUGUGUCGGACCAGAUGAGCAAUGGCUGGUUAAAAAUACACUUUCUUGACAUUUUUAUAUGUAAAGUUUUAUAAAAAGUGACACAUUUGGCUGUUAAAG